AUGAAGGAAAUGCUGACGAAAGACCUGGAGGAGACGCACGGCAGCAAGUCGCCGGAGGUGCUGUCGGCCACCGAGCUGAAGGUGCAGCUGGCGCAGAAGGAGCAGGAGCUGGCGCGCGCCAAGGAGGCUCUGCAGGGUUUAUCCAACAUGCUGGAGCUCGCCUGUGGGAUUAUCACACGGAGAGCAAACCUGGUUCCUGUUUCCUUUUCGAGUGCCAAGGUGGAGACCUCGGCCUGGCUUUCCCCGCUGCUCGGGAAGGAGAGCGAGGACGCGGUGAAAGCCCUGGCGAAGGAGAAGGAUCUCCUGGAGCGGGAGAAGUGGGAGCUGCGACGGCAAGCCAAGGAGGCGACGGACCACGCCAGCGCCCUCCGCUCCCAGCUCGACCUGAAAGACAACCGCAUGAAGGAGCUGGAGGCCGAGCUGGCCAUGGCCAAGCAGUCCCUCGCCACGCUGACCAAGGACGUCCCCAAGCGCCAUUCCUUGGCCAUGCCGGGCGAGACGGUGCUGAACGGCAACCAGGAGUGGGUGAUGCAGGCCGACCUCCCGCUGACGGCCGCCAUCCGGCAGAGCCAGCAGACCCUCUACCACUCGCACCCCCAGCACUCGGCGGACCGGCAAGCGGUCAGAGUGAGUCCCUGUCAUUCCCGGCAGCCGUCCAUCAUCUCCGACGCCUCUGCGGCCGAGGGCGACCGGUCGUCGCCCCGGCAUCGAACGCACUCGCUCUGCAACGUAAGGCGCUAUGUGAUGGGGGGCUGGCUUUGA